UCAGUUUCUUCUCUAAAAUACUUUUAAAAAAAAUGCUACCUUUUUCAUAGGCAUUGUUUAUUAUUUGGUGAGAAUUAAAUGAUAUAUUAUUUGUAACAUUCUCAUAUUUUUACUGGAUAUUGACAAAUUAUUAUUGUACAUUUUGUGGGGUAUAAAGUAAUGCUGUGAUACAUGUAUACAAUGUAGAAUGAUUGAAUCAAACUAAUUAACAUAUCCAUAGUCUUGAAUUAAAUACUUAUCAUUUAUUCCUUCUGUCUAACUGAAACAUUGUGCCCCUUAAUGAACAUCUACCCAUUCCUCCCAUUCCCCAGCUGCUGGUAACCACCAUUCUGCUCUCUGCUUCUAUGUGUUUGAUAUUUUUAGCUUCUACAUGUAAGUCAGAACAUGCAAUAUUUGCCUCUAUGCCUGGUUUAUUUCAUUAGCAUAAAGUUCUUCAGGUUCAUUCACGUUGUCACAGAUGACAAGAUUUCCUUUUUAUUUGAGGCUGAUUACGACCCCAGUGUGUAUAUAUGCCAUAUUUUCUUAUCCAUUCAUUAGUUGAUGAACACUUAGAUUGAUUCCAUAACUUGCCUAUUGCGAAUAGUGCUGCAAUAAACAUAGGAGUUCCAUAUCUCUCAGAUAUCCUGAUUUCAAAUCUUUUGGAUGCAUACCCUGGAGUAGAAUUCCUGGAUCUUAUUUCUAACGUUCUUAGUUCAGUGCCUGGCACAUAGAAAGCUUUCCAAACAGAUAGCUACUUUUACUAGUAAUGAUUAGGAAUGACUUAUCACCUCAGUCAUUGUUACUAUUAUAAAACCUUCUCUAUAAACUAUUAUAAAUACCACUCAUCUUGGUGUGCAAGAUGUUCCAGAGAUGGGAAUAGGCUGGAGGAAGGGAGACCAGUUAGGAGACCUCUGGAAUAAUCUAGGAAAGAAUAUUCUGUUUCUGUCUGGUGCCCAGCCAUCACUCAGAAGGAGUUUAAAAAAAAGUUUAUGGAAUAAAUGAAAAGGAACACUGAGCAGAAUUCAGAUUGAGGAGCUCAAAGAAAUCAGAGAGCAAAUAAAAGAUGACUGCAAGGCUUUGAGAUUGGGUGACUGGAGAAUUCUGGUACUAUCAACACAAAGAAACCCUCUCUCUUUCCACCCCUUGGCUCUGCGUUUUCAGGCCGUUGCUCACCUGACAUCUUUGGAUGGUUGGCUGCUUUUUGAAUUUCACACACUUGCUCAAUGACUGUGCUGUGCAGGUCUGCUGCUUUGUCUUUUUCCAGAAUGCCUUGUCAUAACUGUAGUAAAGGCAUAUCUGAAUUUAGAACCGCUACAAUGUAAAAUGUAAAACCCCACUUACAAAUUGGGUUUGAAUACAUUUCUCUGGUUGCUUCCAAAUCCUUUUUUUUUUUUUUUUUUUUUUCAUUUUUAUAUCUUUAAGUCUCAGGAAAGACUUCAGCAUCUGUAUAUCUGUUUAGGGGCAUUAACAGAAUCCUAUGCUUUUAUAUCCGUUAUUGUAUUUGGAACAAAAUAUCCUUUAUGGUCAUUUGAUAUUAUAUAUUUUCUAUUUUGUAUAUAAUAUGAAAUUAUAUAUACAUUCUAUUUUAGGUCUCAUAUCAUUAAAAAAACAAAACAACAACAGGGACAACAAAAACUUAGCUCUGCUUUUGGCUUUUCUAUUUUUGUCAAAUUGUUAUUUAUACUCUGAUUCCAAAGACAAUUGGAGAAACCUGGGAGCAUGACACAAGAUUUUAUUUUAACCAGUUGCUCUGUCCAUUGCUAUGGCCUGAAUUUUGCACAAGGUAAUAGCAGGUGGGGCUGAUGCCAUAGUUCUCGAUUUUCUUUCUUUCUUUCUUUUUUCUUGAGUUUUAUUAUUCUCAUUACUAAAUGCCUUGCAAUUUGACAAAGAACAGAAGUGAUGAGAUUAUACUAGGACUAGGUUAGCUAGGUUCCAGGAUCUGACAACUUUUAGAAAGAUUGUAUUUAAGAGAGAAAUUUUUUAAAAGUCAUAAAGAAAUCAGUGACAAUCAUGAUCAAGUUUGCAAUGCUGUCUCCUAAUAUAAAUGACUGUAUGUUGAUCUGCCCAAACUCAUUGCCCAACUGUUUUUGUGAUCCAGGGCAAAUAUUUGUGAGACAGCUGCCCUGAACUAGGGAAGGUCAAGCAAAACUCACUGCCUGUCUAGAGAUGACUGUCCUGAUGUCAGUCUCAUUAGUUCCGGAGUUCUUGCCAAGGAAGUUAAUAAGAACUAGUACAGAUCUGGAGGUCAAAGUUUAACAGAAAGAGCCCCCACAGCAGCACGCAAAGAGCUCCUUUUCUGCUCUACUCUUUUUUUCUCUACUGGACACCUAGGGGUGGGUGUGUGUGUGUGUGUGUGUGUGUAUGUUUUCAAAACAGUGCUCGAAGGAUAGGAAAUUAAAUGUCUGUGGGAAAAAGCAAUAUUCUUGUUUCUCAACAUUUUAGUCAGCUGCUUUCUUACUUUUCCAGACUGUGACCAUUCUUUGAAGCUAUUAAAAUCUAUUCCUGGUAAUGAGAAAAGGGAGUGACUUGAUGGUUCUUUUCCAAUUCCUCUGUGUCUGACAAGAAAUACCUAAAUAUUUUAAUUUGCCUCUUAAAACUUCCCUGGUGGUGGCAAAACAAUUCUACUUAUAUUUGUGGGGCCAGGGGUGUGGGGGAAGUCUCUGCUGUGAAUUUCUGUGCCGGGAACAUAUUAAGACAAAAAGCUACUUGGGCUAGCCUGAUUCUCCAGGAUGAAACAAAAGGAAUAUAGAUGUUGGUGCUGCUUUAACAGUUUGUUAAAGGAUCUGGUCUAUCUUGGGUGUGGGAGAAGGGAGGGGUAAAGAGGUCAGAAUCCCAUUUAGAUCACAGACAGAAAGAAACCAGGAAGUAAGGGGAAGUUAUUACAGUCUGUUCAUAGCUCAGAAUGUUAAAGGCAACAGCCUCUGCCGGUUGGUUAUUCAUUAGCAAAAAGGAGAGAGCCGUCCAGAUCCAGACCGGUUGAAAGACAGGAUCAGACUUGAAACAGAGGGAGAGCUCCUGGUGAAACCAAGGCGUGGAAGUUUUACCUGGGGUUAGUAGCUUCCUCUUGCUAACUUUUUAUUGGGACAAAAGGCAAGAUGGCACCAUUCUGUUCUCAGAUAUUUGUCUAAAUAAAGCCUUUUUAAUUUAAUUUUAUUUUUGUUGUGGGAUUCUUAAGCAGAUAAGAAGAAAAAACAUCUUCCUGCUGAGUAGCUGCCCAGCUCCUGCUCAGUUUUUUUCCAGGUUAGUACCUCCAGCCACAGAAACAAACCAGUAAGUCUCUCCAGGUAGGACUUGCUGCAACCAAGCUGCUGGACUGAUCUGAAAUGGGUCUUUGCAUACUCUUCAAAGUAUGGUGAGUUGGUGCUGACUUCAAAGUUGCCUGGUGAAGAAAGAGAAGGUGGAUCUGCAGAGACUAAGGGGAGAGGGAGAAGCCCUGCUCCUCUUCUCCCCACCAAGGCGCAAUGAGCAACAUCUGUCAGAGGCUCUGGGAGUACUUAGAACCCUAUCUCCCCUGCUUGUCCACGGAGGCAGACAAGUCAACGGUGAUUGAAAACCCAGGGGCCCAUUGCUCUCCACCGUCACAGAGGCAUGGCCACUACUUUGUGGCUUUGUUUGAUUACCAGGCUCGGACUGCUGAAGACCUGAGCUUCCGUGCAGGUGACAAACUUCAGGUUCUAGACACUUCACAUGAGGGCUGGUGGUUUGCCAGACACUUGGAGAAAAGACAAGAUGGCUCCAGCCAGCAACUACAGGGCUAUAUUCCUUCUAACUAUGUGGCCGAGGACAGAAGCCUACAGGCUGAGCCGUGGUUCUUUGGAGCAAUCAAAAGAGCAGAUGCAGAGAAACAACUAUUAUAUUCAGAAAAUCAGACGGGUGCCUUUCUAAUCAGAGAAAGUGAGAGCCAAAAAGGAGAAUUCUCUCUUUCAGUUUUAGAUGGAGGAGUUGUAAAACACUACAGAAUUAAAAGACUGGAUGAAGGGGGCUUUUUUCUCACCCGGAGAAGAACCUUUUCAACACUGAACGAGUUUGUGAGCCACUACACCAAGACAAGUGAUGGCCUGUGUGUCAAGCUGGGGAAACCAUGCUUAAAGAUCCAGGUCCCAGCUCCAUUUGAUUUGUCUUACAAAACUGUGGACCAGUGGGAGAUAGACCGCAACUCCAUACAGCUUCUGAAGCGAUUGGGAUCUGGUCAGUUUGGUGAAGUAUGGGAAGGUCUGUGGAACAAUACCACUCCAGUGGCAGUGAAGACAUUAAAACCAGGUUCAAUGGAUCCAAAUGACUUCCUGAGGGAGGCACAGAUAAUGAAGAACCUAAGACAUCCAAAGCUUAUCCAGCUUUACGCUGUUUGCACUUUAGAAGAUCCAAUUUAUAUUAUCACAGAGUUGAUGAGACAUGGAAGUCUGCAAGAAUAUCUCCAAAAUGAUGCUGGGUCAAAAAUCCAUCUGACUCAACAGGUAGACAUAGCGGCACAGGUUGCCUCUGGAAUGGCCUAUCUGGAGUCUCAGAACUACAUUCACAGAGAUCUGGCUGCCAGAAAUGUCCUCGUUGGUGAACAUAAUAUCUACAAAGUAGCAGAUUUUGGACUUGCCAGAGUUUUUAAGGUAGACAAUGAAGACAUCUAUGAAUCCAAACACGAAAUAAAACUGCCGGUGAAGUGGACUGCACCCGAAGCCAUUCGUACUAAUAAAUUCAGCAUUAAGUCCGAUGUGUGGUCAUUUGGAAUCCUUCUUUAUGAAAUCAUUACUUAUGGCAAAAUGCCUUAUAGUGGUAUGACAGGUGCCCAGGUAAUUCAGGUGCUGGCUCAAAACUACAGACUUCCGCAACCAUCCAACUGUCCACAGAAGUUUUACAACAUCAUGUUGGAGUGCUGGAAUGCAGAGCCUAAGGAACGACCUACAUUUGAGACAUUGCAUUGGAAACUUGAGGACUAUUUUGAAACAGAAUCUUCGUAUUCAGAUGCAAAUAACUUUAUAAGAUGAACACUGGAGAAGAAUAUCAAAUAAUGAAGUAGCAAAACAAAUUCAAAUAAUUCACACAAAAUUAUCAACCAACUGCAAAAUCAGUUUAUCUUGACAAAUUGAAGUGAUGGGAUAAAGUUGGCCAUGUAUUAUAUAAAAGAUUAUUUGUGCAUUUUAUUGACUGGGCAACACUGUAGGACAGUCAAGAUGAUAUAUAAUUUUCUCACUGCCUGGUAAAAUUAAGCAUGCUAAACAAAGUUAGUUUUCUUUUUAAGAGAUACUUACAUUUCUAUUUAUUGUUUGAAAUGCCGAUCAAGAGAAUCAACAGAUGAUAGUCAGGUUUUACUCAGUGACUGUUGUAGCAUUUUCCUGUUUACUGAUUAGAGUGGUUAUUCAUUAUUCCUCAGAUUGCUGAAUCCCAUCAGGCUGUUAUUAUGAAAGAAUUUGAUUGCUUUGCUGCACAGCAGGACCUGUGCUUUGAGAUUUUUUUUUUCUCUUUUAAAAUAUCCUGUAACUACAAUGAUGGUAAAGCCAUGUUAAAUGACUUGAUUGUACUUGGAGUAAUUGCACGGUUUUUUUUUUCUAUGCAUAAAAAAAGAUGCAGCUGUUGAGAAAAUGAAUUAAAAUCUUUUUCAUUUUGCAGAAGGAAAUGAUGGAAUUUUUCUAUAUCUCAGUAUGUGUCAUCUGAGAGUCAUAUACAUUAGUUUUAAUCUCUUAAUGUUGAGAAUCAGGUUGUAAAGCUGAUGAGUUAUUAUCUAUGGAAAUGUGAGAAACAUCUAAUAGUCGGCAAAGUCUGAGAAAUGAGAGAACAGUAGGAUUGCUAUGGCCUAGACUUCUGAGUAAUUAAUAAAGAAAAAGAAGUACCCUUUGGCAUACAGACAAGAGUUUUAAAUGGACUUCAAAAUAGGACAAACUCUAUUUCAGAACUAGAGGCUAGGAAUAAUAUCUGAACUUGGUUAUGAAAUUUUUCUUUUGGCCUGGUAGGAUAAGAGGGUUUUUACUCACCUUAAAUUUGCAUUAACCUUUGUAGCAAAAGUAUUGCUUUUUUUAAGCAAUGGGAUGUAUUAAAUUCUCUCUAUCAUUAGAUGACUAGGUAGACUUUUUCAAAGAAGUUUCAAACUCAAAUAUAUCUUCAAAGAUCUUCCAGGGUAAAGCAAUAGGAAUGAAACACGCCAUGAGAAAAGAGGAUAUUGUAUAUUCUCUUAUCUUUCUUUAAAGGAGAGGUGCCUAUCUGAACAGUCACAGAAACUCAAAUUCAGAGUAGAUUAAAUAAGAACUAAAUUUGUAAACUCUUUUAACUGGAGAUAGGAAGUAGGGAGGGCUCCAGGCUCAUUAUCAUUAGCAGUUCAAUGAUGUCAACAAAGACCCACGUCUUUUCCAAGCCUCCCUCUGGCAUCAGCAUUGCCCUCCUUCGCAGGGUAACAGCUGGCUAUCAAUGGCAAAACUGAGGUUCUUCAUUCUCUUCUCAUCUAGCAGGAGAAAAUGGGAAAUCUCCAUCCCCAGCUUGGAUUAAAAAUUAUUUUCAUUUUUGUGUUCAGGCAAACUGUGCCCAGGCAUGGACCAAUAAUAGACUUAAUGUGAAUGCUAUGUGCUGAUUGGAUUAGAAUAAGUUCUAACACUGAAGCUGGGAAUGUGGUGACCUUCCUCGGAGAUAAGUUGGGAGGUUGGUUUAUCUGAAUAAAAGUAGAGAAUAUGAGACGCUGGAGAGGUGUUCAUUAAGGAGAAAAUUUCCUGAGAUGAAUUAACUGUUAGAAUUAUCUAUCUAUCCACCCAUCUAUCAUCAUUACCUCAUCUCCGUCUUUGCUCUCUCUCUAAAUGUAUACGUGUGUGUGUGUGUGUGUGUGUGUGUGUGUGUGUUAUUCCAGGCAGAUGUGUGCAUAUACACCCAAACUUCUUUGACGACCUUGGAAUAAAAUGGGUCAUGUGAAGCUAAAGAUUAUAUAACCCCUUAAUUCCUUUAUGAACAGAAACUAUUUCUAAGAUAAGAGCAAAACUAAUCUUUUAAAUUCGUUGAUUGUGUAUAUAACAACUUCACUUAUUUAUUUAAAGUCAUCUAGCCAAAUGAAAUCAAGGAGUAAAUUAUGAAAAACCAGUUAGCAAAAAUGAAAAGAAAAUAGUUCCUGUUUUUGGAAUCAUUUCUUCAUGUUUAAUUUUUCUUGGGCACAUAUAGAAGUGAAUAGAAAUAUUCCCAUUUCAAUGUGCAAAUUCAGCUGCUAUAUGGUUUGUUUCCUUUUAGUAGCAAAUAAUAAUAAAUUUUUUAAUAAUAUCUGAUUUUGAAAUAUGAAAAGAAGGUUAUCUUUUCCUGUUUUAAUACUACCUGAAACCCGUUUAACUUACUGUGUUUGAUUCUUGGGGACAUUUAUGUUCAAGGUUCUGUCAAAGCAAUCUAUUAUUCUUGUUUUUACCUGAUGGAUCAUGGAGAAAAAUAAUGGAUUCAGUUAUGAGAAACAGUAAUAGAUUUUUUUAAACUGCCAUAAAUUUCUCUCCCUGUGUUAAAUAAAAGGAUCGGGAAAAGAUAAGUUGAAUUUUCCUACAAUGAGCCAGCUCUUUUUAAAUUUGCUUCCCAUAAAUUGUAGCAAAGCACUCUUCCUAUAAUGUUUUAUUUAUGUAAUUCAGUUAUUUGGAGGUGGUAGGGAGGGAUGUGAGUACAUCAUUUCAUGUUGUAUUUCAAAUCUCUUCAGACAGAAACCCUAAGAAUUUGCAAUAGAGAAAAUUCAAUGUUCCAUUAAGUUUUUCUUGUUAUUUUAAAGAGGGUAAGGAAGGAAAUAAGAAAAUAGAUUUAAGUUACCUAACGUCAAAAGAGACACAGGGUGGACUCUGAAUAGUUGUGGAACCAAAUAUUUUGUCAUCAAAAACAAAGUUCAAGUCAGAGUGACCAGGAAUCUGCAAACUGGCUGUGGCAAUGGGUAGAUUUAAAAGACAACAAAGAGCUAGCCUGUGGCGUAACAUCAGGCUGUGCCCACCCUCAGCUUCUACUCACAACAUGUGUCUGCUUGAUGACUGUGUGGAUCUAAUGAACCAGGAGGGGCCCAAAUUUUUGGACUCUGUGGUGGCCUAAAGGAAACUGUUGCCAUUGGAAGGAUGCCAUACCACCACCCAGCUAGAGCUUCCUGGAGGAAGCAGAGCCCAGCUGGUAUUCCAUGGCUUGUCAAGCAUAUGCCAUACCUACAAUCUUUUUCUUCAUGGUCUGCUUGAGCAUAUGAUUUCUGGACCAAAUAACCUUCCUGGCAUUGUGUCAUUGUUGACUCAUUUUGAUCCUUUACAAAGACAUAUCAUGUGAAAUAGAAUGGUGAUGAUUUGGGUGACUUAUUCAAAUUACAUCAUCAUUUAAUUCAAGAGAAAGACCAGUCUUAAAGUAAAAGUAAAUGAGGUUUGUAUACCUAAGUAUUGGAAUUGCCAGUGGGCUGAUCUGACAAUGUUUGAUUCUUGUUUUUUCUGGAAUUAUUAUAUAGAAGAUUCAGUCUAUAAUCUUCAACAUUAUGUGAACAUUCAGUGUCCUAGGAUCAAAUAAACAUGCUGGAAAAUAUCUAAAAAUCUUUUAUAUUUACAUCUUAAUUUUCAGUGUUAUCCCUUUACUGCCUACAUUGCCUCAUUAAACUCUUUUAGGUUUUUCUCUGCUUUUGUUAGGAAAGUGAUGUUAGUAGGCAUCUUAAGUUAUUCACGAAAUUUAGAAAUAUACUGGAGAACAAAAUUGUAUAUAAACUCUGAACUUCAGAACCUUUAACAAGUUUAGCUUCAAUCUGCAUUCAGAUGACACUAUCUAUAGAGAUGUUAUAAGUUGAAAUUACAAGAAAAGAGAUACCCAAUUAUUUUCAUUUACUUUUCUUGCCUGGGUAGUUAAUUUAUCUAUUACUCAUUUGAAGCAAGAGACAUCAACCUAACAUCUUUUUCAUUUUCAUAGAGAAUAGUCAGCUCAUCUAGCAAAGGGUACUGUAUCUCAAGCACAUCUCAAGUGUCCAGUUAGAAUUAUUACCAUGCAGGGGAUCCAAGUCAUAUAACCAAAUAACCAAAAAAUUGUAUGUUGGGAAAAAAUAGUUAAAAGCACCUAAGACUUCCCCAUUUGAAAGAAACUAAAUAUUGCUUUUUAACGAUUUUCUGAUAUUUUAGAACAGAGUCUUCACUUACACUAUGUGUGAAAAAGAAUACUGUUUGGUAUUAACCAAGUUACAUUUAAUUUUUAUGGUCCACAAAAUUUCAGAGUAAAAAGAUAUUAUAGCUUUUAAUCAAUUUUCAAAAUCUUCAUUUAAUUAUUGAUUUAAAAAAUAAGAAAUAAAAUCAAUUAGCCAGAUUUGUAUACUUUAAAGCUACCACAGUGAGAUUUUUGUCUUUUAAAAGCAUGCAUAUUUUUAUUAUAUUGCAUUAUUUAAUAUUUAUGUUAUACAAUUACAUGUGAAGGCAUAUUACACAUGACUAAUUUAUAUGUGUAGCAAAAGGGAUUAAAGAAGAACUCUUUUAAUUUUACCACUUGUGAUAAUGCUAUUAGUCACCCUGAUUCAAAUGUAACCACUUACAAUUAAGAAAAAUUAUUUCUAGAUUCUUUAAAAUA